UUGUCGGAAACUUCAGUCCACAAGGUCCAUUACGAGAAUCUCCAAAUAAUAUCAGAUGAAUAAUGAUUCCUUCUUAUUCCCACUACAGAUGUUGAUCGAAGGUAUAUCCAAUAUUAUGCAGCCGCGCAGUACGUUUACAAUCUCCAGGAUGGUGGAGAGUUUGAAUUGGAGCUAGAGAAUCCAAUUAGGUACGUGCCGUGGUGCAGUGUGGAUCCGUGCCCAUUGCCUAUGGAGAAACAGAGAGAAAUCGAAAAGUUCCCUUUGUAUUUCAACGGACCUAAGCCGUUUGAAGUUACUGUUAAGGCGGGGGAGAUGCUUUAUUUGCCUAGCAUGUGGUUUCAUCAUGUUAGACAAAUCCCAGAUGAAAAAACGGGACUCACCAUUGCAAUAAACUAUUGGUACGACAUGCAGUUUGACAUUAAGUACGCGUACUUCAACUUCCUUCAAUUUAUUCCUUAUUCAUUAUCGGAGGAUCCAUCAUCACGUAAGCUAAUCAAUGCGGAAUCAAAUUUCGAUAAAUGUUCUCGCAACUCAGAAGACGAAUCCGACACUACCCUAUCUCAAGAUUUUAAAAAUGCCCCACUUAUACACGAGGACAAUGAUCUCCAUCGAAAAAUCCUCUAAAGAAUCUCAUAGUUUGUUGAGAUCACUUUCCUUUAUAAAGAGGCCAUGGAAGCCUGUGGGCACUCUGCCAGGUAACUUUACAGCAGCAACAGUUUCGAGAGUGGGCGAUUUAGCGUCCAUUACUAAAAACAUGGAUUCUUGAUUAUUCUCAUCGUGUAUAUAUGCCACUAAAUAACCAUCGUCUUCUUCUGCAGAUGGAUUUUCCGGCUCCCUCGGCACAAAAAAUGGCUCGCUACCGCUGCAGCCCGGCCCAUACAGGCGACUAGCCACUAUGCCGCCACUGGCGGAAUCUUCCACAGACAGGUCUAUCUUCACCACUCCUACCAACAUCAUUGGUUGAGCUACUAUUCCUGCGUAUGCAUACCUAUAUACAUGUAAUAAGAUUAGGAAUCUAUUUUACUAGUUAAUUUUUGUCGAUUUCUGAUACGAGAUUUCUUUAUUUCUUGGGGAAGAAGUCUUUCCUAGUUAGAUUUUUUUUUCCAUCUCGAUACAAAGGGAGCAACUUCACUUGAUCUUGUCGAACUUUGUCUAAACUGUUACGCUUUAGAUU